UCUUGGGAGGGAAGAUGCACAGGUCUAGUUUCUGUAGAAAAGGUGCUAGGACCAGGGGAGGUUGGGGAGGGAGGCAGGCAGCCAGCUCACCCUGGCCCAUUUUUCAUUGUGUGGUUUAAUCUGGGCACCUUGGCCGAGGAGCUGGGUCUUUCUGUGUCUUCCACCUGCUGCCAGGGCCACCCAGCCAUGUGAGACUCAGAGUCCAGUUCUCCCCUGUUGACCCUGGCCCAUCCCCUGCCUCCCUGCUUUGUCUAAGGGUUUUGCAGGGACUGGAAAGGGAGGUACCCUCCUGCCAGCCCAGCGUGCCACCUGCCCUGUGCCAUGCCUGUCUGGCUGUGCUGUCGAUGCUUGUCCUGCUGCUGCUGGCCUGGCUGCUGUUGCGCCGCCGUCUCAGGCAGGGCUGUGGGCGAGGAAGGCCUGGUCUGCCCAGCCCUGUGGAUUUCCUGGCUGGGCACAGACCCUGGGCCGUGCCUGCUGCUGUCUUCAUGGUCCUCUUCAGUGCCUUGUGCCUUCUGCUCCCCAGUGAGGACCCGCUGCCCUUCCUGGUCCUCGGCUCCACGCCUGGCCCAGAUGGGGCAGCUGGGACUCCAAGAGGACCCUGGAAGAUGCUGGCCUUGCUCUACUACCCUGCUCUGUACUACCCUUUGGCUGCCUGUGCCACAGCUAGGCAUGGAGUGGCUCACCUAUUUGGGAGUGUGCUAUCCUGGGCCCACUUGGGCGUCCACAUCUGGCAGAGGGUUGAGUGUCCUCAGACACCCAAGAUCUACAAGUACUACUCCCUCCUGGCCUCUCUGCCUCUCCUGCUGGGCCUCGGCUUCCUGAGCCUCUGGUACCCAGUGCAGCUGGUGCGGAGCUUCAGCUAUGGGACAGGGACAGACUCUGAGGGGCUGUGGAGCCGUGACUCCGAGGAAUACCUGAGGAGCCUCCUGUGCCGGAAGCAGCCAGGAGGCUGCUCCUACCGCACUUCUAAGCAAGACUUACUGUCCCGGGCCUGGGACUACUCUCGAAGAUACAUCUAUAUCCCACAGCCAGGAUUCCGCCUGCCCUCGAAGCUGGUGAUCUCAGCCACCCUGACAGGGACCACCACUUACCAGGUGGCUCUGCUGCUGCUGGCAGGUGUGGUGCCCACCCUGCAGAAGGUGCGGGCAGGCCUCACCACAGACGUGUCCUACCUACUGGCUGGCUUUGGGCUGGUGCUGUCCAAGGACCGGCAGGAGGUGGUGGAACUGGUGAGGCACCAUCUGUGGGUGCUGGAAGUGUGCUACGCCUCCACCCUGGCCCUGUCCUGUUUACUCACCAUCCUGCUCCUGUUCCGCUCGCUGGCCACGCACAGGGCCAAUAUUCAAGCUCUGCAUCGUGGGGCCUCCCUGGACCUGGGUCCCACAGUAAGGAGCAAUCGCCCAUCCCGCAAAGCCAUAUUCUGCUGGAUGAGCUUCUGUGCCUACCAGGCCGCCUUCACCUGCCUUGGGCUCCUGGUACAACAGAUUGUCUUCUUCUUGGGGGCUACAGCUCUUGCCUUCCUGGUGUUCAUGCCUCUGCUGCAUGGCAGAAACCUCCUGCUCCUUCGGUUCCUGGAGUCCUCCUGGCCCUUCUGGCUGACCUUGGUCCUGGCUGGGAUCCUGCAGAAUGUAGCAGCCCGUUGGGUUUUCCUGGACACUCAGCACGGAUACCCUGAAGUGACCAACAGGCGAGUGCUCUAUGUGGUCACCUUUCUUCUCUUCCCCAUCAAUGUGCUGGUGGGUGCCGUGGUGGCCACCUGGAGAGUGCUGCUGUCUGCCAUCUACAACAUCGUCCACCUCAGCCAGAUGGACCUCAGCCUGAUGCCCCUGAGAGCUGCCACUAUGGACCCUGGCUACCACACAUACAGAAACUUCCUGAAGCUGGAAGCCAGUGAGUCGCAUCCAGCUGUGACAGCCUUCUGUGCCCUGCUCCUGGGAGUGCGGAGCCCCCGGACCCGGACCCAGUCCCCAGCUGCUGCCCAGAAUAGUCUCAGACCCGGGGAGGAGGAAGAAGGGAUGCAGUUGCUACAGACGAAGGACCCUGUGGCCAAGGCAGCAGGGCUCCGUGCUGGCCGCAGCUGGGCCCGCUGGGGGGUGGCCUACACACUGCUGCAUAACCCUGCCCUGAAGGCCGCUCGGAAGGCAGCCCUGGCUGGGGCCCGGGCUAACGGCACCCAGGCCUGAGGGUCACCUGACCCCGAACCUCCCCAGCUGUCCCGAACCACUUGAGGAGGGCAUCCCCUCUGUUUGAGCAGCUGGGCCAGCACAUCCCAGCCGGGAGAUCAUGGAACCUGGGACCAGCUGGGGACUGGAAUAGCCGAGGGUGGGUAGUCUGGGAGCACCAGCCUGGGCUCGGGGGCAGUGUCUGGUCUCAGCUUUGGUCCAGGAGCCAGUGGAGCUAGGGGACCCCAGGCCUGUCUCCCCUGCCUGGCUGGGCCACCAGCCUUGCAGGAACCCCUGAGGCCUCCUGACAGGGCCGGUGAUCGGGGUCAGGAUAGCCCAGCCCCUGAACUUCCAGCCUGAGUCUCAGCCUAGGCCUCCCCCGCCCACUUCCCCGGCCCAGCCCAGCCCAGCCCUCCCCUCUCCUCCCGGGCGGCUGGCUCUCUUCUCCUUGGAUCCCCAAGGCAGCCCAGAAGGAAGACCUGGGCUCCGGCUCCAGCAGUAAAAUCACAACUUGAACCAGGCUGACCUACCCCCUCCUGAGUGCCAGGCAUUUGUAGUUUAUUUGCCUUAGGGAUGAUGAAAGGGUUGAGUGUGCUCCUGGUAAUAAACCUGUGCC